AUGUACGUGAUUUGUGUUUCAGUGAGUGAUCUGAGGAUUGUCCUGCUCGGGACGAGUUUUGAAGAAAACCACAGAGUUGUAAACUUAAUCUUAAAUAAAGAAGCAUUUGGAGAGAAAGCACCCUCAUCUAAUAUGGAGGAGUUCAGUGAAAGAGUAGAGGGCAGAAACAUCACAGUCAUCAGCACAUCUCACCUGCUCAACCUAGAUCUCAAACUACAAGAAAUCACAGAGGAAGCAUCAGGGCUGUCUUCUCCAGAACCUCAUGUGAUCAUACUGGUGCUGCAGCACAGGGAUUUCAGUAAAGAGCAAAGAGAUCGAUUACCUUCAGUGUUGAACUGCUUUGGUGAGAAGGCAAUGAAGCAAACAAUGAUCCUGACUACUGAUGAUGAGCCAGAUCAUGCUGAUCUGAGAUCUGCUCAAGAAAAUGAGUUAAUUCAGGAAAUAUCUACAGAAUGUGGAGGAGGACAUCUGCAGCUUCACAACACACAGCAUUCUCUAUUUAUUAAAAAAAUUGAGGAAAUGAUUUCUGAACAACAGAAUUCAACGUUGGACAGCAGAGCAGCAGAUUCUGAUGACAAACAGUUGGUAAAACUGGAAGGCCAUGAAUCAAGGAAAAGCGAAAGUGGCUCUCAGGAAUAUGACGUAAAGCCUUGGGAGCGCUCUCCUGCCAUCUGA